AUGACUUGUAAUGAAUUCGCUUUAGGGCAAUUCCAGUGUCCUGAAUCUUGUCCCAUAUGGGUUCCAAAUCCAGUGUGGAAGUGUGUUGGCGCUUGCAUCAGAACCGACGAUGAUUGUUACUUGUACAACCCUAUGCUUCACUAUGCCGACAGUAAAUCCAAUAGAUGCCUGCCUUGUACCAUCCCUGGCUGCAUUUCCUGUCAAGUCUAUACAGACUCUAUCUUCAGUGCACCAAGUUGGGACCAUGGCAUAUCAUCUUUGGAUACCCUAUCUCAUGAUAAAUUAAGCUAUUACAAGAAUAACUCAUUAGUUGAUAUGCGCAUGAAUUGUUACAAAUGUGCAAAAGGGUACAUUCUUUCGGAUGACAAAAGUAAGUGUAUAUAUAAACCCUCUUUAAUCUGGAAUAAGACUAGAACCUUUUUCAAGUUUAUAGCAAUAUUAUGCUCAGUUUUGGCUCUCACGAUUAUAUUACGAUUGGUUAAACCAAACAUCAAACUUCUAAGAGCAGCUAUUCGUAACAGUGAAAAGUUUAAAUUUUACAGGGAUAAAAAUUUGUAUCCACUCAGUACCAAUUUAAACAAGGAUAAUGUAGCCGGAAUUGGCAUUUUAUACUACUUUAGGAGGUUACACUCAUCCACCAUAGUUAUAUUAGUUCUGGCCCUUUCAUCAUUGUGCCGCGAAGGACCAUCAUAUUCAAAGUUCAUAAGGUCAAACAAUGUAACCUUGUCUUUGGACACAGAUGGAAAACAUAUUUUUUCGGGAGAAUCACUUUUUGAGACCAAGGAUACAUGUCUAGAUUUGUUAAAUACUGAUAUCAAAGGACACAAAAAUGUUAGCGAUAUUUCUUCAACGUACUACAUGAACAGCUAUUACUUCAUCUCAAUUGCAUCCUACAUAACUGUAUUGUUUUUAACGAUAAUAUUCGCAUUCCCAGAUGCCCAAGAGAAAUUAGCCCAUGUAACUGAUUCUAGUUGUGUAGUAAUUUUGGUGAGUGGUUUGAGCAAACAUUUGGACACAGAGGGUAAAAUAGAGGAUCACUACGAAAUGAUGACUGGCAUUAGGCCAGUUGCUGUCGUCUGUUAUGACUACAAAGGCUAUUACAAUAGAGUGGUGGAUUUGGUGAUUGAGCAGAAUAAAUAUUUGCAGGGAUAUUCAGACGAAGAUUUAUCUGGGAAUGAUACCAUUUCCAGCUGCCAAACUGCUAUUAAUAAUAAAACAACCAUUGUCAAAUUGAUGAAUGGCGGAUCUGGCGGCUCACUUGAGGAGUUUGAAAUUAUCAAUGCUGUCAAACCUACGGGCAAAGCUUAUUUACAAUUUCAAAAAUCAAAUAGAAAUGUUGAGAGACUUUUAAGUAAACACGAAUGCAUCAAGUUGUUGGAUGACAUAGAUUGGGGCAGUUUUUCUGAGAAUAAUGUACCGUUUAGACCUAUCCUCUUCAUAUUGUGUUGUAUUGUAAUCAUUUGUAUUUGGAUAUUUCUUUUCUAUAUUCCCUAUGCAUUUUACUCGCUCUCAGAUCUUAAUUUAUGGGGGGGAAAAGGCGACAGAUUCACAGCUACUUUAUGUACUACUCUAUUUGUCAGAAUUGGCCAAAUGUUGGUAUCAAAUUCCAUUUGUUAUCUUACUCGGUUUAUAGGAUUCGCCAGUAAAUCAAAAAGUGAUUCCUUCCAAUUACUGACAUUGUACAGUUUUCAGUUGGUUAAUUUGUUAUUGAACUCAUUGGUGACUCAUUUAAAUAAAUAUGGUGGUCAAAUGAAAUUAUUUUCACUUUUCAAUUAUCAUAAAAAGAAUGAUGGUCUUCCACAAUCAUUACUUCUUGCUGAGGAGGUUUCUUUAUCCAAAUCCAUUUCAAUAUAUAUAUUACCCACUCUCGUAAUUGUCCCUAAUGUCAUGGAUCCCUUGUAUACUUACUUAAUCCCAUUUUGUAUCAGCUCAAUAUAUAUCCUCUGUUCUGACAUGAAAUUGAGCAAAGCUUGCAAACUUAUUAAGCCUCCAAAAAUAGAACUUGUUAAUGCAUACUCCACCCUAUUGGUCAACCUAACUAGCGCCUUUUUCUUGCAGUUUUUGAUCCAUGAUACUUGGGAAUCAUUCUUCUCUCUUAUCGCAUUGGCCCUUCUUUUCAUCUGUCUCAGCUAUAUUAACACUUAUUUGCUACUGAGGCACAGUGCCAAGGCAUCUUAUAAUUCGCCAACGAUCGACGACAUGGCAUUAAAAAUAUGGGCAUUUCCUACCGGCAUCUUGGCCGCUAGCCCCGGCUACUGGUUAUGGAGGAUGGGCCGUUCCCCUCUCAUCAUGAUAAUUUCAUUCCUAGGCCACGUUAGCUUGUAUAUCUUAUUCAUAGUUUACAUCAAGCCACACAUAAACCUAAAGUUACCGCGGCAAAUAGCAAGUUUUAACACGAGUACUGCCAGCACAGGUAAAGGGCCUCUCCCGUACAGUACAAGCCCUAUGCACGUACUAAAGUCGUUUGCUAAGUUGAACUCGAAUAGACUGCUGGGUUCAUCCAGUGGCCAAUUGGAAUCGCAGCUUUUAGUCCUAUCCAAACUGGACCUUACGACCCAAUUACACUAUUACCAAGGCGAUGAGGACGGUCUGGAACAUGGCAAAACCACUCCUUCUGAUGGUGAUGAGUAUAAAAUUGUAUAA